AAGGCCCUACGUAACUUCCGGUAGCCACUCGGGCGCAUGGCGGUGAGCUGUGCGGGCCAAGUGCUGGUUGCGGGGCUUGAGGCCUUCGGCCGUAUCUUGUGACCUUCAUGCCAUCCUCCUCUCCGCAGGCUCUAGGACAUCCUCUUCCGGAGGCGCCUGCAGCCUCACGCCCGGUUAGCGCCCGCGCGCGCCGCAAAUCCCGGCGUCCCGGCCGGGUCCCCGGAGCUCCGAAUCCUUCCUCAGUCUCCCUCUGCUCAGAACCACUCGAGUGCACCGAUGUCGCCACCAGAGCGCACCCCGUUGGCUGUGAAGGCGACGCAGUCUCCAACAAACAGAAGAAGAAAGCCCAGAACAGGACUUCUGUGUCGAAUGGAGGCGAGAAGCCUUCGGAGAGGCCCGCCCCCGAGGAAGCCCCGCUGAGCGCCGAGGCACAGGCAGAGCAGCUGGCCCGGGAACUGGCCUGGUGCGUGGAGAAGUUGGAGCUUGGCCUCAAGACGCAGAGACCCACCCCAAAGCAGAAAGAGCAGGCUAUUGGGGCGAUCCGAACCCUGCGCAGUCAAAAAACCCCCCUGCCCCGGAAGAGGCAGCUAAUGCACUCCUUGUUUGGGAACUACAGGGCUCAGAUGGAGGCUGAGUGGCUGGAGGCUCUGCGAACUCUCAGGGCAGCUGCUCAUUCAGCCCAAGUGCAGCCUGUAGGUGAGUCUGCCAGAAGGAAGAGCCGAAGGGUCUGCAGGCCUCGUCCAGGAGGGAGAGCCAAGGCCACCCUUGAUACUCCUGAUGAAGAGUUUAGGUUCAAUUUCUUUUAGCCUCUUCCCCAUCUUGGAACAGUUUUCACCAUGGUAGCCUGUCAGGGUUUUUUUUUGAGAGCAGGGCCUUGCCAGGUAUUUUCUGUCAGUGUAUGUGGAGUUGCCCUGUCUGUGGUUGGUCAAUGAAUCUGUGGCACUUGGGCAGAUAUGAGACUGUCUGAUGAGCACAAGACCCCAUUUGUAGGUUUUGUGAUGAAAUCUCUCUCUUGCCAGAAGAGGCAGAGGUGCCUUUAUAAAAUCUACAAUAAACUGAAGGGUGUGUUGUAUGAAGAAUACAGUAGUCAUAUUCCAGGAUUUAAAUAGCUGUUGAUGAUGAGGUUGUGUGGGAAAGCUAUGUAACUGUACACUGGACUCACAUUUGAAAGGAUGCCUUGUCAAGAGUUUAGUGUUUUAUGUAUUAUGUCAUAAUGUCCCAAUAAAUCUUUUUUUUAUAAAAAUGAA